AUGGAGCCGGCGGCGCUGGAGCGCUUCCACAGCCCGGGCAAGGGCAGCGGUCUCCGCUCCCGCCGGAGGGUGCGGCCCGGAGAGCUGCUCUACCGCGACGUGCCCUUCGCCUACGUCCUCACCAAGGAGCAGCUGGGCAGCGUGUGCGAGCGCUGCCUGCGCAGAAAUGGAAAACUGCACAGGUGCUCUCAGUGCAAGGUUGCUAAAUACUGUGGUAGAUCUUGUCAGAAAGAAGCUUGGCUGGACCACAAGCAGGAAUGCAGGUGUCUUAAGAGCAUCGAGCCCAAUUUUCCUCCAGACUCCGUCAGACUUGCUGGCAGGAUUGUUUUUAAACUACUCAGACAAUCAGUGUGCCCUUCUGAGAGACUCUACUCUUUUUCUGAUCUUCAGUCAAAUGCUGAACGGUUAAGUGAAGAAAUGAAAGAUGGCCUCAGGCACCUUGCACAGACUUUGCAACUGUAUUUGAAAACUGAGAUCCGGGAUGAGUCUCAAUUGCCACCUGCAAUUGACUUUUUUCAGAUCUUCACAAAAGUGACCUGUAACUGUUUCACCAUCAGUAAUGGAGAGAUGCAGGAUGUUGGUGUUGGCCUGUAUCCCAGCAUGUCUCUACUGAACCACAGCUGUGACCCAAACUGCGUGAUCGUUUUUGAAGGAUACCAGCUUUUGCUUCACUCUGUCCGAGAGAUCCAGAUUGGUGAAGAGCUCACCAUCAGCUACGUUGAAUCACUGAUGCCUACCAGGGAACGCCAAAAGCAACUGAUGCGCCAGUAUUGCUUUGAAUGUGAUUGUCCUCUCUGCCAGAAUCAAGAGAAGGAUGCUGAGAAAUUGGCCGGUGAAGAGCAUGCCUGGAAAGAAGUCAAAGAUGCUGUAAAUGAAGUGAGAUAUCCAAAAUCAAAAGAAGAGUGGAAGCAUGUUCUGGAAAGAUGCCAGAAUCUCUUGAGCAUCCAUGAGGGUCGUCUACCAGAUACAAAUAUCUAUCAGCUGAAAAUGCUUGACUGUGCCAUGGAUGCCUGUAUUAACCUUGAAUCCUGGGAAGAAGCAUUGUGUUAUGGCAACAGGACUCUGGAACCAUACAGACUGUAUUAUCCUGGUUUCCAUCCACUGAGGGCUGUCCAGCUGAUGAGAGUGGGCAAACUGCAGUACAGUCAAGGCAUGUUUCCUCAGGCACUGGAGACCUUGAAACAGGCCUAUAAUAUUAUGAAGGUGACCCAUGGGACAGAUCACAGCCUGAUGAAAGUCUUGAUGGAGUUAAAGGAAGAGUGUGAGGCCAUGAUGAGAUUACAGUGAAGAUAAUCUCUGGAAAACAAAUUAUUCAAGGACAAAGAAAAUUUUUACAAUUUCAUUGCGAAGCUUCUCAAUGGUUUUAGUGUCUUUUCUUUAGGUCCUAUUUGCUUUACAAAAAGGUUUAAUAUUAGCUUUGCUGUAUGGUCUGAAUUGAGCUGGUGUUUGGCAGAAUUCCUGUAAUUUUCAGAGGAUUUUUUUUGUCAUCAAUCGUCAGUCUUAUUGACAUUAACUAACAACACCUAAUUAUUUGAUUGUAAGUAUUGGGAAAUGCAUACAGAGUCUUCAUCAGUUACAAAGUGAUCUAAUUCCAUUGAUAUCAGCAGUCAAUUUUUAUAUCAGUUUAUGCCAGCAAUUAGGAAUCUCUUGUCAGGCACAUUAAGAGAAUAUACUAUUUUCCCUUUGCCUUGUCCUUUAGUGUGGUUUCUAAAAGCCUGAUCUGGUGCUUUUUGACAUCAGAUAAGUUUCCCAAUGUUUUAAAUGAUGUUUUCUUCCCUCUCAAUAGAUCUGCAGGGCUUUGUCCCUCUUCUUCUUCCAUUUCAUAUCUUAUAAUAUUGAAUAGUAAAAUGGAUUAAAUUUUA